AGAUUGCGUGUGGGUGUUGUUUUUGACCUGUCAUUUGUCAAAAGUCAAGUAAACGUCACCUGAUCACAACAAUCAUGAAAAAUGAAAGUGAAAACGCCCAAUGGGCAAACAAUACAAGAAUAUAAUUGAAAAAUAGAAAUAAUGGAUUAUUAUUUAAAAUUCUAAAAUGUAAAUAUUCAAAAGGUUAGAGUUAUUUAAGGUUUUAGUUAUUAAAAUAAAUGUGCAAUAUAAAUAAAUAAAAUUAAUAAAAAAAAUACUAUUUUUUCAAAUAUCAAGACUAUGUGAAAUUUGUAAAUAAUGAAUGUUAAAUAUGGAGCACCUGUUCUUUUCAUUUCAUGUGGAGUUUUUGUAUUAUUAUUAAAUAUUCUUGGAAGUCGGUCAAAUUUUAAGGAACCAAAACCAUAUCAUGGAAAUAUUUUAAAAAAAGAAGUUUCCAAAAGGCUUUUGAAUCUCAACAACUUUACAUAUGAAGUUUCUCCAAAAUGUAAAGCUGUCAAUUUCAUUUGGAUAAUCACCUCGUACGCGGGUGAUAUUUCUGAAAGAAGUGCUCUUCGACGUGCCUAUAGUUCACAGGAACUCGAUCAAUUGGGAAUUCAACGACUAUUUUUACUUGGAAAAUUAGAUGAAAAUUCUCAAAGAAAUUCUUUAAUUUCACAAGCUGCAAUAGAAGAUGAAUCAAAAAGAUUUCAAGAUAUAGUACAAGGCAAUUUUUUUGAAGCCUAUCGAAAUUUAACAUAUAAACAUGUAAUGGGAUUAAAAUGGAUUGUCGAGAAUUGUGAUGAUAGAAUUUCCUAUAUCAUAAAAAUGGAUGAUGACAUAGUAAUUAAUUUAUAUGAAAUUUUAAAUGUGAUAAAAGAGAAAAAUAUCAAUAAUUCAAUAGCUGGAUAUGUUCUUGAAAAUAUGAAACCAAAACGAGAACCAGCUAAUAAAUGGUAUGUAACAAGAGAGGAAUUUGAGCCUGAAAUUUAUCCAAAAUUUGUCUCUGGCUGGCUGUAUGUGACAACAUUAACGGUAGCUGUGAAAUUAAUGGAAAAUUUGCAAUAUUCAUCGAAAUAUUUUUGGAUUGACGAUGCUUUUGUAACGGGAAUAUUGAGAGAAGAGACUGAUAUUGAAUUAGUUGAUAUAAGAGAGAUUUUUACCACUGAUUUUGGUUUUUUGAAAUGUUGCAUUAAAAAUGGAAGAAAAGGAUUUAAAUGUGAAUUUGCUGUUGGUCCGAAUGGUGGUGACACAGAACUGCAAAUUCGUUUUCAAAAAUUUAGCAAUUUUUGUCGAUCAAGAUGUAAAGCCAAGCCAAUAGGAAAAUCUUGUGUUCUUAAUUAUAAAGAGAAAAGUCUAGGCGAAGGCAGUGCACAAAUCCGUCCUUUAAAUAUAUUUUAACAGAAUUUUUAUUUAUUCAAUUAGAAUUUAUUUUUGUAGAUCAUAUCUUUUUAUUUAAAUGUUGAAAUAUUUGAUAUGCUUUAUUGCUUCGUUAAAUCGAAUUAAUAUUGUUAAAAUAAUAUUUUUAAUUGUUAACGAAAUAAUUUUUUUUUAUAAGAAAAAUAUAUAAUUAAAUAUUAAUAUAUUUAGAAGAGACUAAAAGAUAAAAAAAGUCUUGUCUUUUUAGUAUUGAAAUAGUUACCUAAUACUUGCCAUUUACACUUAUUUUCUAUUUUAGAGAGCUUUCUUUGUACCUGUUUUGUUA